CCGCCUGCGUUCUGUGCGUUUCCACUGUUGUUGAAUGCAAACGGAGACCAAACUGAGAGCUUUCGUGUCUUUUUUUAAUGGAAAACAAUAAUAUCUCCUGGUAAAUCGGCCUGAGAGGAAGAAGAAGAAGACGAGGAGGAGGGGGAGGGGAAGUGCUGCAGAGGAGAAGGAGAGACAGAGGAGAAAAGGAGGAAGACUGGGAGAAAAAAAAUCGGGACAGUAUCAUGCUGCAGAUUUGACUGAAAGAUGUCCAACGUCAACAUGGAAGCGACCAACAUCCUCCCCAUCCUCAAGAAGAAACUGGCCUUUCUGUCAGGGGGCAAAGACCGGCGAAGUGGUCUGAUCCUGACCAUCCCCCUCAGCUCAGAUCAGACCAGCAUGGAGGAGCUCAGCGCCACAUUGGACUACCUGCUCAGCAUUCCCAGUGAGAAGUGCAAGGCUCGGGGUUUCACCGUGAUCGUGGACGGACGAAAGUCUCAGUGGAACAUUGUGAAGACUGUGGUGCUCAUGUUGCAGAAUGUGAUACCGGCCGAGGUGUCGCUGGUCUGCGUGGUGAAGCCAGAUGAAUUCUGGGAUAAAAAGGUCACACACUUCUGCUUCUGGAAGGAGAAAGACCGCCUGGGCUUCGAGGUGAUCCUGGUUUCGGCCAAUAAGCUGACUCGUUACAUUGAACCCUGUCAGCUGACGGACGAUUUUGGGGGAAGUCUGGACUACGACCACAGCGACUGGCUCAAUAAGAGACUGAUUUUUGAGAAGUUCACCAAGGAGUCGACAUCUCUACUGGACGAGCUGUCGAUUAUCAACGACACUGACAAGAGCAGCUCGGUAGAAAAAGACAAAUCAGCUGACUGUGCCCUCUUGCCAUCCUUUGACCCUGAGACUGUCCUUCAGACAGGGCAUGAGCUGCUGUCGGAGCUGCAGCAGCGUCGUUUUAACGGCUCAGAGGGGGGAGGAGGAGGACAGGGAGGUCCAGCCUGGUGUCCCAUGGAGGAGGAGCUGCUGGCUCAACCUCAGGUGAUGAAGCUGCUGGACUCGCUCAGGGAGCAGUAUACCAGGUACCAGGAGCUCUGCAGGCAGCGAAACAAACGCACCCAGCUAGACGAGAUCCAUGCCAAGGUCAUGCAGGUGGUCACCUGGCUGCAGGGUCCAGGAUCAGAGCUGUUGAAGACUCAGCAGGCAAUCGGAGACUCGAUUCGAGCUGCUCAGGCCCUGCAGCAGAAACACGAGGAGAUCGAGAGCCAGCACAGUGAGUGGUUUGCGGUGUACGUGGAGUUGAACCAGCAGAUCGCUGCCUUGCUCAGUGCCGGGGAGGAGGAAGAAGUUGUGGAGCUGAAGGCGCUGCAGCAGCAGCUGAGCGACGUCUGCUACCAACAGGCGGCUCAGCUGGAAGGCCGACAGAACGUCCUGCAGGCCGCACAGGGCUUCCACAGCACCACACAGGAGUUGUCCCAGCAGUUGGACGGUCUGCUGGGCAUGCUCUGUGCUGAUGUGGCUCCAGCUGAUGGAGCCUCCAUUCAGCAAAACCUCAAGCUGUUGGAGGAGAAGCUGCAGACUGUCGAGGCAGGUCUUGCUUCUCUACGUCAGAAGGGGGCGCUGUUGCUGGAGCAGAUGUGCACGCAGCCUUCCUGGUCUCUGGAGGAAACGGAGAGUCCAGCUGGAGAACAACAGGAGAACGUUCAGCACAUCCAGGCUGUGAUGGAGGAGAUGCAGCUCCGCAAGCAGAGGUGUGAAGACAUGGUGGACGUGAGGAGGCUGAAGAUGCUGCAGAUGGUUCAACUGUUCAAAUGUGAAGAAGACGCUUUACAGGCAGUAGAGUGGCUUGGCGAGCUGUUGGACGCCCUGUUGAAGACUCACGUUAGACUGGGCGACGAGUCUCAGGAGACGAGGACAAUGUUGGACAAACACAGGAAGUUUGUGGAUGUCGCUCAGAGCACCUAUGAUUACGGCCGUCAGUUGCUGCAGGCGACCGUCGUCCUCUGUCAGUCUCUGCGCUGUACGACACGCUCGUCUGGAGACACUCUGCCGAGACUCAACCGAGUCUGGAAACAGUUCAGCGUCAGCAGUGAGGAGAGACAACAGAGACUGGAGCUGGCUCUGAGCUUCCACACCGCUGCCGAGAGGGUGUUACAGCAGCAAUGUGUGGACCCAGAUUCUCUGGAUGAAGUCGACUCUUCAGGAAAAACUCUGCUGGACAAACUGACCAUGCCUGUUAUCUUUCCUGAUGGGAGCGAGCAGUACUUCGGGAGUCCCAGCGACACGGCAGCUGCAGCGGAGGCUGUCAGAGAGCGCCUCCUGCUGGUGGAGGAGCGACGGCUGCAGCUGCAGGAGGCGGGGGUCCAUCACGAGGAGGAGGAGGAGGAAGUGCUAAACAGGCAGGAGGCACGGCUAGACGUGAUUGGAGAGGAACUGAGCGAGAAAGAGGAGCAAGAUGAGGAGGAAGAGGAGGAGGAGGAGGAGGUGCUAAACAGGCAGGAGGCACGGCUAGACGUGAUUGGAGAGGAACUGAGCGAGAAAGAGGAGCAAGAUGAGGAGGAAGAGGAGGAGGCGGAGCAGCAGCAGGAGGAAGACUUAGAGAGGGCUACGCAGGACUGCUAAUGGCUUGCUGAUGACGUUUAACCAGAGCAGCCUUAAUGAAGCUCGUUAACGAAGGGCUGCUGAUUGAUUUCCACCGAAGCCUCUGACUUGUUCUCCCCAAGCCACGAAAGUCAUCGUUUGGUAGCUUGUGUCUCACUGCGGCAGUAGAUUUUUCUUCCUGAUGGUAUUUCUUUACAUAAAGACGACAUUUUCCAUCAGCCUCACUGCUUAUCCUGAAAGAGAACAAACAUGUUGGUUGUAAUCUAUCCAUAGUUCUUUCACACGGUGAAAGCUUUACCAUUUUUUGGAGGACUGGAGCGCCCUGUGAGCUGUUAAGUGAUCCCGCAGAUUUCCAUUCAAAUCUGACCCACUGGAUCGUAAAUGUAAAAUAAUGGAAGUAUUUAAUGGAAUAAUUAAUAUUCAUGUCUCUGGAUGAUCUGUGUUGAUGACCAUCAACUGUAAAAUUAUUUGUUUGGAUAAGAAUACUCCUAAUGUACACCUAACACCGCCACCUCUUUCCCAGCAUGCCACUUGUUCUACUAAGUGGGCGGAGUUUCCAUGGUGCUAUCAUGUUUACCAAGGUUUCUGUCUGUGCCUCCUCCAGCUACCCACUAGAUGUUACUUUUCGUUCAUGUUAUUUUGACUCCUGCUGAGUCAUUGCCAGACACACACUCAGCGCUGUGUUCGACCUGCUAUAUACAAAGGUGGUAUAUGUGCAGUUAUGCCAUAUUUUUGUCUUGUGUGUACUCUUCACACUCUCAAUAUGGUUCCCUUGUAAGUAAUACAGUUUUAUUUUUUAUCUUGGACUGAGAAAUGUGGAUGUACAUCAGGUUUUCUGUUAAACUGGACAUAGUUUUAUCUUUGAGAUCCCUUAAAAGCGUAUUUUCCAGGUUUACUGACUGUUAAUCACUUUGAUACUGCGGCUGUUAUUGUCCGAGGUUUGGAGUAUUUCAUAAAUGUCUUUGCCGUCUUUUUCAAAUCUUCGGCUGACUGAAUGCACCGCACCAAAGGCAAAUGCUGCCAUCUACAUGAAGGGAGAAGGCAAAAUAUGUAAUAUUUUGAGAGCGUGAAUUAUUACAGUUUGUACACAAAUUAUCUGUCCUAAUUUGGGAAUUUUACAGAUUUGACCAAAUAAAUACACAAGUGGAAACACACACCAAGGAAAGACAAAAAUUAAUUUUAAUUUCAGUGCGACUUCAAGCCCACUGAUUGGACGUUGAAAUGGUCUGUGGGACUUUUAGUCAACACAGUUGUAGAAUUAAGGGAUCCAUGAUGUUUAUGUGCUCCAACCACUUCGCUGCUCUAAACAAACCCUCUGCCUUCAUGAUGGAUAUCAGACCAGGGCUGCUUUCUCUGGUCCAGACUGACCACAUGGACUGAGGUGACCUCUGGGAGCCCUGAGAUUGGUGGUCAUUUGCCAACAUGGUAACAUCAGAACAAGAUGGAUUCCUUGUUUAUUUUUUUCCCAAGCAAACCUUGCUGUAUUUGGUUGGUAUAUUUGACCAUUACCUGCUGCUGUAAGUAUAGCCGCUAAAUACUACAUCUUGCUUUGUGUCUUUUCCUUCAAAUGGCAUCUAUAAUGACAUCAGUAAGACAUCAUCCUCUUAAUAAAGAAGAGUUUUGAA